ACUCCAAAUACCAUUUUGUGAGUUUAAGUAGACAAGGUUGUUUGGGUAAAACUUUUUUCCAUGAAAAGAUGUGGCAUCUGUGAGAUAUUAAUGAAUAAAUGUCUUCAUAAACAUUCUUGUAGGGAUGCCUUAUUGCAACAUACCUACAAUUCAUGUGCUUGCACUAACAAGAAAAUAUUUUUUGAAUGCCGGAAUUUGAUUUUCACAAUGAUGUUAACCUUUAAUAUUUCUGCAUUACAUUGUUGAACAUCUCCAGACUAUUGACUGAGUUGGAAAAUACUUCACAAUAUAAAAUAUGAUAAUAUCUAGAGUUGUUUGGUAAGUAUUAUGUAUGUUGAACGAUUUCCAUUUUUUGCUACUAAUAACAAUAAUAUGUCAAUAUUUGCCAAGAAACAUGUAUUUUCUUUCAAGGUUCUAUUGAGGACUUUCCAUCAUGACACUAUGCCAGAUUACUCUUGUGGUUUCUUUAGUUUAAGUAUGUAAUGAAGGACUCAGAGAGGCUAGCACACAUAUAAGAGAUGGAGCUGGAUAACAUAUGUUGCAUGAAGCAGAUUAUGGCAGUUAUCUAUUUGUUGACAGCAUUCAUUGAUUAUCCUUCAUAAUGAUAUUCAUCAAUUGCAUAGGGGGUUAGUUGUUUUAUCUGCAAAUUAUGAAGUUUCAUGAAAUGUUAUUAGGACUUAGUUUUUUAGAGGGGAAAAUAUAUGAGAUUGCAUAAUGACUAAAUUAUGUAUGUGGAUUUUCCAUGGCUACUCUUUGGUUCAAACUAUCUUCAAAGCCAUCUUAUUUCCCCUGGGUUCCUAACCUCCUAGGAGAAUGUCACCAUUUGCAUGCUUUACAUUUUUAAAUUCACCAUGCAACAUAUUAUAGUAGUGAUUGAAACUUGAAAGAUCAUAGGAUGAGAAGAUUAAAGUGGCAUAUGGAGAAGAAUGGUUUUUUUAUAGUAUACAUAAAACAAGUUGCCGAGUCUUCAACAAGAGCAGAAUUGUUUAACUGACUAGUAUGGAACUCGCAAGGGAGCACCUGAUAAUGGUUAAUUAAGUUUAGUGGAUCUAAAUUAUUAAAGUUGUCUUCUGUCUACUGGUUAGGCACAAUGUUUGCUUAGUGUGGAUACAAGUUGAAACCAAGGAGCAUGAUAUUUGGAGUCCUUGACUGUGGCUUAUGUUAUAUCGCACAGACUUGGACCAUAAUAAAUAUAAUUUAAAUGGCAUGUAUGACUGUGAAUCAGCAGAAUCCUUCAAGUUGCUCUUGUAAAUGUUUUUGUUGCUUAUUAAAACUUUAACCCUUGCCAAUCCAUCCAAAAGCUUAAGAAGAUAGAUGAGACGCCUUUUUCAUUUAUAUCAUUAAUACCCCCUCACAUGUAGGGCAAAAUGGUUGAUAAAGCCUAGCAUGUUGGUGAUGAAGUUAAAUUUUGUAGCAUUUGUAGAUCCAGACAAAGGGACUAUUGCUUUAUUAUCAUAUUAAAUCUUAAGGGUUUACCAAUCCAUUCAAGCAUUAAACUUAUAAUGCUUGCUAGUCCAUCUAAAAGCUUAAGGUGUCAGCUGAGAUAGGAUCAAUUAAUUGAUGUAUUCUUAGUGCUGGCUGGCUAUACUGCACCAUGCAGUCAAUUGACAUGACAUGGGUGUAUGACUGUACUGUGCUUAUAUGUAAAAUUAAGGGCAUAGGUGAGCACAUGGCUGGCAAAUUUGUGCGGUCUAUGCUGCUAAAAUACUGGCUUCUUGCAUGUCACUCGUUGUUUGCAACAUCUGAUUGACAGUUGAAUUUUUCUGGAGUGUAUACACGAAGCAUUCAUCUGAAUUUCCUUUUAUUAAUGAGCCUGGAUGAUGCAUAAUAACUUUUCCUAACAAGCAUGUCUAGGAGAACUUGAUGCCAGUGAUUUUGAACAGGUAAUCUGAAUAUGCUGGGAAUCGUUCAGGGUGUUUGAUUCUAUCAAGCGUCUUAAGUGCAUAUUAAUGUGCUUUGCAGCAUAAAUGCAAAAUUUUAUUUGUCAUCUUUGAGACUGUUAUAUUGUUCUGCCAGCGACACGAAAGUGCUUAUUGGAUUAUCAUUACUUGGACCAACUAGUUGGUUGACUCCCCUUAGAAUUGUCAAUACUGAUGUCAUUUCUCCUGGACCUGUUGAAUGGGUGCCUAUGUAUGUGCGCCCCAUACAUCAGACCUGUGAUUUACCGCUUCACACCUGAAAUGUUUUUGAGUGAUUUGGUCCACCUAAUCAAUGUUUUCAUUUAUUUUUUGAGGAGUAAUUUAGAAUACCUAAACACCAUUUCCAUUUAUUAUUUAAAUAAAAGCUUUAAUUCAUAAAUGGUAGAACUUCAGUGGUUGUAAAUUAACCCAAGUGAAGCUUUGGCUUUAGCAUUGUGUAUGCUGCAUUAGAUUAGGUCCAAUUAUUGGAUUUUUCUUCUGACGGUGAAUUCUAUAAACCACCAUGUUGGCUCACAUAUUUCUUCUGUAUGUUGAAUAUUCUACCAUGUUUAUUUUAACUGCGUUGGUUCACUCUAGAUUGAGAAAUGAGUUCAUUCUUAAUUGAGAAAUCAGUUCAAACUAACUUCAUGAAGAAAGUUUGAGGCUGACAUGCUGUUUUGCAGUUUCCUGAUGAAAAGGUUUCUUUAUGAAAUUGGAUCUGCUUAUAGAAAUACUUGACUGUAUCACUUUGGGAGCUCUUAAAUUAGGCGGUUUUCUUUGUGAAGUGUGAUUUGCUUAUAAAGAUCAUUGACUGUCGUCUGUUUUCUGUUUCAUUUUAGGCAUAUAUAGUUUGUGACGCAAGUAAAACAGUGAGAGAUUGUAACACUCAAGCAUAAAUAAUUAAGAUGCUUCCCUGGUGCAUUCUCCAGGUUUCUAUUCUUGCCCUAGUUGCAACUGAUACACAUUACUCUUUUGCAGGGAAUGAGGCCCCCCAGGUAAUGAAGUCUCUACAGCCUCAAACAAACCAUCAUUUCACCAGGAAGUAAUAAACAACAGUAUGUUGGAUCUCGAAGUUAUUCCAGGAGUGAGAUGCAGACUCCACAUGUGAGGUGGUAUUACUUCUGUUACCUUUAUUAUUAGCUGAACAUGUGAACUCAGGAGACGAGGCUAUUGUUCUAAACGGGCUCCAUCCAUGGCUUCAUCUACCUUAAUCCUCUCGACCUCAAGUCUUAAAGCGCAUCGGCAUGUACCUGAUUUGGUAAACCGGAUGGUCGACGAUGCAAGAUUGAUGCGCGACCGCAUCCGCGACCGCCCCUCCUCCACUUGACGGUUUACCGUUUCACGACCGUUCCUUCUCGUCUCCAUCCCUCCCAUCUCGUCUCGUUCCCCAUCCGAUGGCUCUCCGUCCCCCAUCAAUCCAUCAACGUCCCUCAAAAGUGACAUUCUAUCCCAUCUAUAAAUAAAUCGAUUUCCGUCCCUCGCCAUCUAUCCCUUUCUCGCCGAGAUGUCCGGAAUUCUCAUACGAGGGAAGCUGAGGGCGGUCGCUGCCUCCGCCGCCCGCCACCACCACCAACGCCUCUGCCGCCAGAUCUGCUCCCGGCCUCCCUGCGAUCUCCUCGGCGCCGCCUCCCCCUCCCUCCGCCGGCAGGUGCGCCGCAGGUCGGGCGCCGGCGGAGGUACCGAUGCGACCCACCUUCGCCGGAUCCGGGCCGAGGCUAAUUGUCCUCGCUGCUCCAAGCACAUGGAGGUCCUCUUCGCCACUCAGCCUCCUUCGCCGUCGGCUGCCGCAACCGCAGCCGGAGGCGGCGACGUGCGCCGACGCGGCGGCGGGUACCAGGCUCUCAACCUCUGCCCUAGCUGCCGGUCCUCCUUCUACUUCCUGCCGAAUCGGCUCGUGCCGCUGCAAGGUAGCUUUGUCGAGGUAGGGAGAGUGACGGGGGUGGAGGAGGGCGAUCGCGAUCGAGAUGCUGCUGGCGGAGAGGUGCAGACUAGUGACCGGGUUAAAGCCUCGUUUUGGGAUAUGCUGCGGUCGAUGUACGGUGGGGAUCCUCCAGAGAAUUGGCCACCAAUGCCGGGCCUUCCAGUGCCGCCGUCGCCUCCGGGUGGGAAUGAACUAGCGGUCCACAAACCACCAGGACCGCCGUCCCAAGCUCAUCUGGAAUUAGCACGAGCAAAGAGGCAUGGAAGGAGUAGCAGAGGUGCAGGAUCUGCUGGUGGUGGUGGAGAAAGUAAGAAGGAGGCAUGGGGCGGGUCCAAUCUAGGGAAGGAUCUGCCGACUCCCAAGGAGAUAUGUAAGGCACUCGAUAAGUUUGUAAUUGGGCAGGACCGUGCCAAAAAGGUGCUAGCUGUGGCUGUCUACAACCACUAUAAAAGAAUCUCUCACUCAUCUACAAAGAAAGGUUCUGGGGUUGAUUCAGAUACUGUUAAGGCAGAAAAAGAUGAAUAUGAUGAUGUUGAGCUAGAAAAAAGCAAUGUACUGUUGAUGGGCCCAACUGGCUCAGGGAAAACUUUACUAGCAAAAACAUUGGCCCGGUUUGUUAAUGUACCAUUUGUUAUUGCUGAUGCAACAACAUUAACACAGGCAGGUUAUGUUGGAGAAGACGUUGAAUCAAUAUUGUACAAGUUACUAGCGGCAGCAGAUUUUAAUGUGCAAGCAGCUCAACAAGGCAUUGUCUACAUUGAUGAAGUUGAUAAAAUUGCUAAAAAGGCUGAGAGUCUAAAUGUUAGCAGAGAUGUAUCUGGAGAAGGUGUUCAGCAGGCAUUACUGAAAAUGCUAGAAGGAACUAUGGUCAGUGUUCCUGAGAAAGGAGCUCGGAAGCAAUCUCGUGGUGAAACCAUACAGAUAAAUACUAAAGAUAUUCUUUUUAUAUGUGGUGGUGCUUUUGUUGAUUUGGAAAAGACUAUUUCAGAAAGACGACAAGAUUCAUCAAUAGGAUUUGGUGCACCUGUACGUGCAAACCUGAGAACUGGUGGGACCACCAAUUCUGCUGUAACAUCUACCUUGAUGGAAUCGGUUGAAAGUGGUGAUCUUGUAGCAUACGGUCUCAUCCCAGAAUUCAUUGGGCGCUUUCCAGUUCUGGUUAGUUUGUCAUCUCUAAAUGAAGAUCAACUUGUUCAGGUCCUAACAGAGCCAAAGAAUGCCCUUGGAAAACAAUACAAGAAAACAUUUAGUCUGAACGACGUAAAGCUGCAUUUUACUGACGCUGCUCUUAGGCUGAUUGCAAGAAAAGCAAUGGUUAAAAAUACAGGUGCUCGAGGUUUAAGAGCUAUUCUAGAAAGUACUCUUACUGAAGCAAUGUAUGAGAUUCCAGAUGUGAAGACUGGAAAUGAUCGAGUAGAUGCAAUUGUCGUGGAUGAAGAUGCCAUUGGCUCCCUUGACAAAUCAGGGUGUGGAGCUAAAAUUCUUCGAGGAAAUGGUGCGUUGGAGGGCUACCUCGCCAGAAACAAGGAAAACAAUGGUCAGUCGGAGAAUGAAGUGGAAGGAGAAUCUGAGCUUUCAUCCGUAGUUGUCAGCUUAUAGUUUCUUCCUGACCGGCUAAUACUAAUUGGUUAAAACAAACACACCACUGCAGCUGAAAAUAUUCUUCUAAAGCAGAUUUGCUAAGAAAUCGAAAUCAUAGUUCUUAACCUGCCAAGUCUUUUUUGCUGUCAGCAGGCAUAAUACGAUAAUCACACUCAUAAAGGCCACGAGAUGGAGAGUCCCAGCUAGCAAACCGAUGUGUUAGUAUCUCAAUUCUUUUUACUAUCUUAUCUGUAUUGUAAUUUAUCAUUGUUGUAAGCAAGCAUCGCUUUUUCCAUUGAAAAUUGCCUCCUUCUAACCUUA